CGAUCGAAUCGAUUGACAUCCCGCCGCUCCAACUCUCACUCAACCACAACCACCACAACCACUCCUCCACAUCGACAUCGACAUCUGUUGACACUCCCAUUCAACUACACACAUCACACACAAUGGCCGGCUACACUUCUCCCUACGGACCCAAGAUGCGACCGCAGUUCAACGUGGCAGGCCUGCCGCUCAAGAACCUGAUCCCGACUGGCAUGACCGCCGCGGUCUUUGGCGGCGCCGCGCUCGUGGCUGUGAUCUUCCUCGGCGAGGGAAUUCCCCGCAUGCAGGAUGAUGUCCUCAAGAGAAUCCCGCUCGUCAACCAGUACUACCUCUCCAAGAAGCCCACCCCGGCCUCCGACAACCCUUUCUAGAUCAUCAGCGAUUGCGUUGGUUGGGUCGUCAAUGUUCGUUCAUUGUUCAAUGCGAAUCAGCGGGCACGGCACGGAUACCCAUGUGAAUGGUUGGAGCAGCAGCAGGAGCGGGAGCAGGAGUUGCGGAUUUGUUUGGUAGACCAGCAAUGUAUUGUACAAAAGAUAUCUGUGCGACGGAUCUAGAAUAUAAAUCUGGUGUUUAUGGUUAGUCGAGCGGACGGAGGUUGUGUAUAUGGAUGGCCACACGUGUCGGGUUACAUAAGGGCCUUCUUCUUCAUGCCACCGAGG